AUGGAUAAUGAUGCAGACCUUGAAAAUUUUUUCUCCUUUGUUUUAUUAUUCGCUGGGGCAUGUUUAUCUUCUUUAUUCCAAAAAAAACUGGAACCGCAUUUGGAUAAAGCAUUAGAUGUAAUUUAUAUUUCUUAUGGGUUCACAGUUUUUGCGAUUAGAGUGACACAAAUCGUCUCCAGCCCAAAUAAUCCUAUUGCUUCAAUAACCCUCAUUCUAGCGUUUUCAUUUGUUAAUGCUGGUGAUAGUACAUUUCAUUUUAUAUUUAACUUAAUUCUUUUGACUCUAAGUGGGUCUGUUGGAAACAUCAUUAUCGGAAGGAUUUUUUUAACAAACACUAGAAUUAACAGAACAUCUUGUAUCGACUAUUAUCUAUCAAAUGAUAAUACAAACGAAGAUUUCAAUACAAACAAAGAUUUCAAUACAAACGAAGAUUCCAAUACAAACAAAGAUUUCAAUACAAACGAAGAUUCCAAUACAAACGAAGAUUCCAAUACUGGUACCUAUUCAACAGAAAUGAAACAACAAAUAUAA